AUGUCUUCGGAAGAGGAAUCUAGUAUCUUGCGGGAAGAAGGAAAUGCGCUGUACAAGAGCGGUGAUCUUUCAGAAGCAAUAUCAAAAUACAGACAGGCUGCAAAGAUUACACCCAAUGACCCUGCACCAUAUGGAAAUCUCUCGGCUGCUUAUCUGGAGGUUGGCCAGUACAGAACAUGUCGUCUCAUGGCUGAACGGGCUUUGAUGCUUCGCAAACAGAGCGAUGAUUUUGACGAAGCGAGUCCACAAGUUUUGAAGCUGCAACAGAGAAUUGUGAAAGCAAAUGCUCAUGAUGAUGUUGCAACGAUAGAAGAUCAGCGUGCUUGUCGUAUCAAGCUGAUGAAAGAGGUGCCGCGAUAUCGUCCGAAAAUGAAUACAUCACUGGAAUUUUAUCAUGUCGGCCAUGAUCAAGCUUUCAAUAUGUAUAAUUCGGCAACCGAUAAGAUGAAAGAGGGAAAGUUAUUCGGAACCGCUUUUAAACAAAACAAGGCUAUUGCUCGAAAUCAAGAAUUCAUCCCUGACCCGAAGGAAGAGCUGGUGUCAUUUUUUCUUGCUGGUGUUGGAGAUGCCCGUAACAUGUUUAGGACCAUUAUUGGCAUUUCGGAUACUGAAAAUACGGAUAAGAAGAGCUACCACUUUACUAUCAACGAUAUCAAUAAAUCGGCGCUGGCUCGGGAUAUUGUGGUGGUUAUGCUGGUUGAGGAAUUGAUGGGUCUUGAGAAGGGGACUGAUGAAUAUCUCGAAGUUCUCAGUACCAUCUACUUUGUCUAUGUUGCGGUUAUCAUACCACAAUACGCUUUGGAUAAAAUGCAAGCAACAAUCAGCAAAGCUCUCAACGCACUAGAAUCUCGCCAACAACCCAGCAAACUCCUCCAUCUUUACGAGCGACACUACGCGGAAUAUCUCAAAGUCUUGAAAUCAUGGCAAGGAGAAGCAUUGACGGUUCUUACCACUAAAGAAGUCUUCAAACUUGCUAAGCAGCAGGUUAGCCAGAUGGCUAUGAUGAUCGGAGAUGCAUUGGACCUUCCACCAAAGUGCAAAGCUGAGCGAAAUCUUUACCUCACAAGUCUCGUUCUCCAACCUCCAAAGAGAAUGCUUCAAAAAUACGAUCCAAUCAUGCUGAAGGAGUUGCAAGAUUGUGCGAAUCGACCUCAGACAAACACUCCUCGAUUGAAAUGCAGAGAUUAUCUACUGGAGAAUUGGAAAGUUAAUACGACAAUGGUGGAUGUGGAGUGGUAUGCCAGUCUGGGGGAUAAGGAUUCUAUCGACUUUGGUCAUGAUCCUUUUGAAGCCGCAGUGAAGUUUACGGAUGAGGAUAUGAAGGCUCGACCUCCUGCCAAGCCGCAAUGUCUAUAUGACUAUGUGUCAACAUUCUUCUCUGCGGUCGCUGACGCUUUUGGCAAGCUGGGUGGAAGACUCAAGGUUGAGGUUCUUCUUGGAGAUUGUGUUGAUGUUGCGGAACAACUUCGAUUUGAUCUUUUCAGCAGUGAGGAUGGAUUGGACUCGGGCAAUACGCCUGAAGUGCGUCCGAAAUAUUUGCCUAAUUCAUUUGAUUGUGUUCAUUUGAGCAAUGUUCCCGAUUACAUGAACGGAAAUCUAUCCACCUGCUUAUACUUUGCACCCCUGUUAAACGUAUCACCUAUAUCCUGUGUACUGGCAACCUGUCUCUACAACUCCUCAUCAUGGCCAACACUCGAAUCCUUCCACGCCGAAUACCAACUCAUCCACAACAAAAAGAUGCUCGAACAACUAACCCGCGUCGGCUACCAAGAACCCAUGUACAACGACUCCCGACCCAUGGCCGACUACAUAAUCUACGACUACCUCCACUCCCGACCCUUCCACUUCAACGACCUCCUCCCCAAAACCCAAUUUUUAAAAUGGCUCUACGCUCUCUUCUUCCGCAUCGUCCUCCCCUUUAACACAAACCUCCACGAACAAUACACCAUCAUCCUCUCCCCCUGCACCACAUCCAUCUUCUUCCGUCUCCUCGCCCAACUCCGCACAAUCGGCUACCCCUCCCACUGGCUCUCUGAAGCCGUGACCGCAAUCCUCACCUCCAAAAUCACAACCACCGCUCGUCCGCCCCGUGCGUCACCUACCACCACAUCGGCCGCCAAACGCGAACACGCGCCGAAACGUCUGAGUACCGCGCCGUUCGUCCACGAAACGUCCGUCCUCGCGAAACAAUUCGCGCCGCUCCUUCCGUUCAAACUCGCGCCGGAAAUACUACCGAAAUCUAUAUCUCGCUACACCUUCCCCGUCACGAAACCUUUAUCGAUUGACGCCCCCGUCCAGAAUGUAGCGGCGCUGACGCUACUUUUCUGGGAUCCGAAGGCGUUGAGUGAGGGUGCGACGAGGGAGUUUUACGGGAAUGCGAGGAGGUUCUUGGAUCCGAGUUGGGGGGAGGUGGAGGGGGAGGGGGAGACUGAGGCUGGUGGGAAGGGGUGGAAGGAGGUUAGGGAGAAGCUUGGGGUUUUCGGGGGGGUUGUGUUGGAGGGUGGGGAGGGGGAGGCAGGGAAGAGAGAGGGUGGGAGGAUGGCAAAGGUUUGGUUGGAUGAUGAGGUUGUUGAACGGAUGAAAUUCGAGGGAUGGGUUUGGGCGCUUUUCGGGGUUGCGAGUUGGGCGAUUGCGGGGGAGGUGGGGAGGGUUGAGGAGGGCGUUAGGGGGGAGAGGUGGGUGUGA